AUGCUCAUUUCAUCAGAUCCGCAGCGUUACAAAUUUCCUGUUACACCAUUGCAAAUUCUUGCUAUCGUUUCCAUUGGCAGAACAAAUGAUAUCGAUAUAUCUGUUACUGAUCAAAAAGAGACAUUCUUCUGCUGUUUUAUACAACAAGUCGUUAAAUGGUUAGAAUGGUUUGACGAAUUUAUCGAUAUUUUUCAGCAUGUAAUUGAAUGGCUUAGAGUACGCAAAUUACAUAGAGCUGAGCAAUUACUUAGUGAUAUACACACAAUAAAAGAUGAUUCAAUAAUCAGCGUCAUUAAAACGAAAACAAUCAUUCAAGAUAUCAUCGAUUUACUAAGACCUUUCAAGAAUCUUCACCGUCUUUGCGAUCUACUGAAUUGCAUGAAAUCAUUUGAAAAUGUUGAUUCCGGGACUUUAACCGGUCAUGACCAAUGGAAAUCUUAUAUUGAAGAACUAAAACGAGUUCAUUCAAAUAAUACAUUUACAGUCAAUGCUCAUUUUAAAUAUGAACAUCAACAAUCGAUUAGUGCUCGUCGAGUUGUUCACUGGUCACUUGCUAGUGAAAAAUUUGAGUGCAACGUUAGUGUUGAAUAUCGAAUUAAAACACCUCGCAGCGAAAUUUACAAAUUUUUUUCGAAAGAAAAUGUUCCUCUUGAUAAGAAACUUUUACGAGGUGAAUUUAAAACACAAAGAAAUGGGGAUUUAAUAAUCACUAUUGACAACCAAAGUAGACACAAUUCAAAGACAAUUUGGUACGAAAUAAAAACAAUGCAUUUUUCAACAUGUCAUCUGUUCGAUGGUAUUUUCUCUAUGCUUCGUCAACAGUAUUUCCAACAAUCAAAUGAAAAUAUUCAAGACACUGAUUUAAGUAAUCUAAUUGAUAGAGCUUUCUCAUUUAUUGAUAGUCUUUUAAAUGGGGACAUCACUUUAGAA